AUGCACCGGAGACACACCACGGUGCGGGAGAAGGGGCGUCGCCAAGCCGUGCGAGGCCCCGCCUACAUGUUUAACGAGCGCGGCUCGGCACUGACGCCUGAGGAAGAGGGUUUCCUUGACGCCGCUGAGUACGGCAAUAUCCCAGUGGUCCGCAAGAUGCUGGAGGAGUCCAAGACCCUCAACUUCAACUGUGUGGACUACAUGGGCCAGAAUGCAUUGCAGCUGGCGGUGGGAAACGAGCACCUGGAAGUGACUGAGUUGCUGCUAAAGAAGGAGGGGCUAGCCAGAGUGGGUGACGGGCUCCUAUUGGCUAUCUCAAAAGGGUAUGUGCGUAUCGUGGAAGCCAUAUUGGGGAACCCGGCGUUUAGCCAAGGGCUGCGGCUCACCCUGAGUCCCCUUGAACAGGAGCUACGGGAUGACGAUUUUUACGCUUACGACGAAGACGGGACUCGCUUUUCCCUCGACGUCACCCCUGUAAUCCUAGCAGCACAUUGUCAGGAGUUUGAGAUUGUACAUAUCCUGCUCACCAAGGGGGCUCGCAUCGAGAGGCCUCAUGACUACUUCUGUAAGUGCAAUGAGUGUGCAGAGAAGCAGAGGAGAGACUCGUUCAGCCAUUCGCGCUCCAGGAUGAACGCUUAUAAAGGGCUGGCCAGUGCUGCCUACCUGUCCCUGUCUAGUGAAGACCCUGUAUUCACCGCCCUGGAGCUCAGCAACGAACUGGCCAGACUGGCUAACAUAGAGACUGAGUUUAAGGUGAGAGAUGAUGGAACACAUAACGAGAGAGAGAGAGAUAUGAGAGAGAUGAGAGAGAUGCGAGAGAGAGAGAAGAGAGACAGAUAGACAGAGAGACAGAGAGAGAGAGAGAGCGAGAUAUGAGUUAGAGUUGUGGUGGGUGGGGUUGUUGUGGAUUUUGAUUUGUGGUGUGAUGAGUGAGAGUGAUGGCGAGAUAAUGACUUUGUAUCGUUAUAGAUGGAUGUUUGACUCUUCGGAUUCUUUCUAUUAUAGGAUGAGAAGAGAUAGGUAACUGAAGAAAGGUAGCCAGGUUCUCAUACCAGAUAGUCAGCAGCUGCUGCUGGCAGUUAGGAUGGGCCACAAACUACUGAGAGUGAGUGAGUGAGUGUUCAUGUAUUGCCAGUGAGGAUUUGUUGCUCCAUCAUCUGCUGUAAUGAUUGAAUUUAUCUGCUAGGAGUCUUAGCAGCUUUGGCUCAGGACUGAGGCUGGUUUGCUUUUCUCUCUGACUACUUCUACACACACACACAUACAUACACAGUCUAACAAUCAUAAGUUAUACUACAUGCACUCACACACACACGUGUGCACAAACAUACACACGUUAACGUGUUAACAGCACACAAUUUGGUCUUGAAAAUAGAUGUUGCAGUGUGGGAUAUACAGCCAGGGUGCGUCGGUUGGCAUUUGUCGUGACUGGAGCUGUCUGUCUGUCUGUCUGUCUGUCUGUCUGUCUGUCUGUCUGUCUGUCUGUCUGUCUGUCUGCUUCCCAGAAGUGUAAAUGAGAAAUAGUCACCUGGGGGGGGCUUAGUUCUAUUACCCUCCAUCUCUCUCAUUACACAUUCAUUAUCACCUUCUCCCUCUCGCCCUCUAUCAUUCUCUCCCUCUCAAUUCAAAGGGCUUUAUUGGCAUAGGAAACAUAUGUUUACAUUACCAAAGCAAGUGAAAUAGAUAAGUAACAAAAGGGAAAUAAAUAAUAAAAAAUGAACAGUAAACAUUACACUCACAAUAGUGCCAAAGGAAUAGAGACAUUUCAAAUGUCAUAUUAUGUCUGUAUAUGGUGUUGUAACGAUGUACAAAUAGUUAAAGUACAAAAGGGAAAAUAAAUAAACAUAAAUAUGGGUUGUAUUUACAAUGGUGAUUGUUCUUCACUGGUUUCCCUUUUCUUGUGGCAACAGGUCACAAAUCUUGCUGCUGUGAUGGCACACUGUGGUUUUUCACCCAGUAGAUAAGGGAGUUUAUCAAAAUUGGGUUUGUUUUCGAAUUCUUUGUGGGUCUUUCCUCCCUCUCUCGCCCUCUCUCUCUCUCCCUCUGGCUUCCCUCUAACUCUAACUUUGCAUCUCUCUAACGCUCUCUACCCUCUAUCUCUCUGAAAGGAAGGACAUGACUAAUCUAACAGGUGAAGUCCCUGUGGGCUUUAUCAUUGUUGUUGUUGCCACCAGUGAUGUCAUUGCCCUCUGCAAUGUUUGUGUGGUUAUGUGCAGUAUCUGCCCUGUUGCCCCGGGUGAUGUUGACACAGUGUCAUGUAUUGUCCAAGUGGGUUAAAGUGAUAGCAACAGCACACAGUGUUAGAGAUGUUAGCAGACAAUGUGUCUAUGGUAGAGGUAAGACUAGGGUCAUAAUGUGUGUUCAUUUUGAUGCUGUGAAUCUGAUCUUAGAUCAUUUGUAAAAAGUCCCACAUUCAUCUUACAUGAGUUUGGCACUGUCUGUCCCCAGACCAAUCACUCUCCUAUUAUGCCCCUGGAAAGGACAGGAAACACACAGGAAAUGAAUCAGAACCACCUUUAUCCGCAAAGUACAUUUACACAUACUCAGACUUGUACUUGGAAACACACAGGAAAUGAAUCAGAACCACCUUUAUCCGCAAAGUACAUUUACACAUACUCAGACUUGUACUUGGUGAUAUGGUGCUGCUAGUGUACAUUUACAUUUCAGUCAUUUAGCAGACGCUCUUAUCCAGAGCGACUUACAGUUAGUGAAUGCAUACAUUUUUUAGUUUUUUUUCAUACUGCCCCCCCCCCGUGGGAAACGAACCCACAUCCCUGCCGGCCAAACCCUCCCCUACCUUGGACGACGCUGGACCAAUUGUGCGCCGCCCAUGGGUCUCCCGGUUGCAGCCGGCUGCUACAGAGCCUGGACUCGAACCAGGAUCUCUAGUGGCCUUAGACCACUGCGCCACUCGGGAUAGACAACAUACUCAGACUUGUACUUGGUGAUAUGGUGCUGCUAGUGAUAGACACCAUUUAGAGACACAAUACAGAAAGAGGAGUAUACACAAAGUUUACAUACAUUAUAUACAAAUAGGUAGAGUGAGCAUAGAGCUAUAAGAGAAUGAGCAGAUAUACAAAUACACAGUGGAUUAUACAGUUGAUAUACAGUGGAUUAUACAGUUGUUAUGAUGAGUUUCUCUGGUAUCGAGAAGUUCAGGAUGCAAGAGAGUAGUUGAACACUUAGAAGGACAGUUGAUUCAUAGUUAUUUAAUGGUUACAGUACUGGAUUCACAUGACAAGCGGUACAGGCGUAGCCUCUUGUCAUCCAAAUGACUUUACAUAGAAAACCUCUCAGUUUAUAUAAUGCUUUUGGAGCUAAUUCCAUCCAACAGUUGCCAACCAUUAUUGAGUGCCACUCAUCUCCUACAAUAGGAUAACCCCUACAUGGUAUCGUGUGGCACCCUAGCCAGGCCAUUCCAUCACGUACUCCUUCUAAGAUCCAAUUUGUAAGUCGCUCUGGAUAAGAGCGUCUGCUAAAUGACUUAAAUGUAAAUGUAAGAUUAGCACCAGUGGCCCCCAAUCUAUCUUGGCACGCAGACCUUCUGUCACCCACCAGUGACAUAACUAACACAUGGCCUGUCCUUAUCCUCUCUAUAUGAGAUCAACGACAUUAACCAAUACUGUAUAAAAAUACGUUAUAUCAACAGUUGAUAUACAGUGGAUUAUACAGUUGAUAUACAGUGGAUGUACAGAUGUACACUAUCAGUACCAACAUAUCUAAACGCAGAGAGAUGGACAGAGUGCAAUGCAGUAUAGUGCAAUUAUUCAGAGUACAGUUCAGAGAUGUCUUGAUGCGGUGUGCAGAACAGAGUUCAUAGAUACAGUCCUUCAGAAAGUAUUCACACACCUUGACUUUUUCCACAUUUUGUUGUGUUACAGCUUGAAUUGAAAAUGGAUUACAUGUAGAUGUUUUGUCACUGGCCUACACACAAUAACCCAUAAUGUCAAAGUGGAAUUAAUUCAGAAUAAGUAUUCAACCCCUUUGUUAUGGCAAGACAAAAUAAGUUCAGUAUUAAAUAUGUGCUUAACAAGUCACAUAAUAAGUUGCAUGGACUCUCUCUGUGUACAGUAAUAAUGUUUAAUAGUAUUUUUGAAUGACUACCUCAUCUCUCUACUCCACACAUACAAUGAUCUGUAAGUUCCCUCAGUCAAGCAGUGAAUUUCAAACACAGAUUCAACCACAAAGACCAGGGAGGUUUUCCAAUGCCUCGCAAGGAAGGGCACCUAUUGGUAGAUGGGUAGACAUAAAAAAAGCCAUUGAACAUUCUUUUGAGCAUGGUGAAGUUAUUAAUUACACUUUGGAUGGUGUAUCAAUACACCCAGUCACUACAAAGAUACAGGCGUCCUUCCUUUGCCUGAGAGGAAGGAAACCGCUCAGGGAUUUCACCAUGAGGCCCAUGGUGACUUUAAAACAGUUACAGAGUUUAAUUAAUGUGAUAGGAGAACACUGAGGAUGGAUCAACAACAUUGUAGUUACUCUACAAUACUAACCUAAUUGACAGAGUGAAAAGAAGAAAGCCUGUCCAAAAUAUGCAUUUCAGUCUCUGUCAACAUUUAGCUCUACAAACCACUUUGACUUGUCCUGGAGACAUGGGUUGGCAGAUUUGGUAUGUUCUCGUGCAAAUGAAAGACACUGACGGAUUCUUGGUUGUGUGCACUUACAGUUGAAGUCGGAAGUUUACAUACACCUUAGCCAAAUACAUUUAAACUCAGUUUUUCACAAUUCCUGACAUUUAAUCCUAGUUAAAAUUCCCUGUUUUAGGUCAGUUAGGAUCACCACUUUAUUUUAAGAAUGUGAAAUGUCAGAAUAAUAGUAGAGAGAAUGAUUUAUUGCAGCUUUUAUUUCCUUCAUCACAUUCCCAGUGGGUCAGAAGUUUACAUACACUCAAUUAAUAUUUGGUAACAUUGCCUUUAAAUUGUUUAACUUGGGUCAAACGUUUCGGGUAGCCUUCCACAAGCUUCCCACAAUAAGUUGGGUGAAUUUUGGCCCAUUCCUCCUGACAGAGCUGGUGUAACUGAGUCAGGUUUGUAGGCCUCCUUGCUCGCACACGCUUUUUCAGUUUCUGCCCACAAAUUUUCUAUAGGAUUGAGGUCGGGGCUUUGUGAUGGCCACUCCAAUACCUUGACUUUGUUGUCCUUAAGCCAUUUUGCCACAACUUUGGAAGUAUGCUUGGGUUCAUUGUACAUUUGGAAGACCCAUUUGUGACCAAGCUUUAACUUCCUGACUGAUGUCUUGAGAUGUUGCUUCAAUAUAUCCACAUAAUUUUCCUUCCUCAUGAUACCAUCUAUUUUGUGAAGUGCACCAGUCCCUCCUGCAUCAAAGCACCCCCACAGCAUGAUGCUGCCACCCCCGUGCUUCACGGUUGGGAUGGUGUUCUUCGGCUUGCAAGCAACCCCCUUUUUCCUCCAAACAUAACGAUGGUCAUUAUGGCCAAACAGUUCUAUUUUUGUUUCAUCAGACCAGAGGACAUUUCUCCAAAAAGUACAAUCUUUGUUCCUAUGUGUAGUUGCAAACCGUAGUCUGGCUUUUUUAUGGCGGUUUUGGAGCAGUGGCUUCUUCCUUGCUGAGCGGGCUUUCAGGUUAUGUCGAUAUAGGACUCGUUUUACUGUGGAUAUAGAUACUUUUGUACCUGUUUCCUCCAGCAUCUUCACAAGGUCCUUUGCUGUUGUUCUGGGAUUGAUUUGCACUUUUCGCACCAAAGUACGUUAAUCUCUAGGAGACAGAACGCAUCUCCUUCCUGAGUGGUAUGACGGCUGCGUGGUCCCAUGGUGUUUAUACUGGGGUACUAUUGUUUGUACAGCUGAACGUGGUACCUUCAGGCAUUUGGAAAUUGCUCCCAAGGAUGAACCAGACUUGUGGAGGUCUACAAUAUUGGCUGAUUUCUUUUGAUUUUACCAUGAUGUCAAGCAAAGAAGCACUGAGUUUGAAGGUAGGCCUUGAAAUACGUCCACAGGUACACCUGACUCAAAUUAUGUCAAUUAGCCUAUCAGAAUAUUCUACAGCCAUGACAUCAUUUUCUGGAAUUUUCCAAGAUGUUUAAAGGCACAGUCAACUUAGUGUAUGUAAACUUCUGACCCACUGGAAUUGUGAUACAGUGAAUUGUAAGUGAAAUAAUCUGUCUGUAAACGAUUGUUGGAAAAAUGACUUGUGCCAUGCACAAAGUAGAUGUCCUAACCGACUUGCCAAAGCUAUAGUUUGUUAACCAGAAAUGUGUGGAGUGAUUGAAAAACAAGUUUUACUGACUCCAACCUAAGUGUAUGUAAACUUCCGACUUCAAUUGUACGUGCAUGUCCACACGCGUGGGUGUGCGUGCAUGUGUCAAGCAUGAAUUUGUGUGUGUGGUUGUUUGUUUAUGAGUGUUUAUGUGUGUGUUAGCAUAUCUGAGGGGCCUUAGGCACUGUCCUGCAGAGCUUUGUGGGGUUCAAGGGAGCACAUACGGAGGGGGGAGUAUGGAAGGAUGGAAGAAGGAGGGAGGGGUGAAUGGAUGAACGAGGAAGAUAAAUAUGAGAAUGAGAAAGGAAGAGAUACAGGAAGAGAAAUUAAGGUUUUAGGGAGAGGGAGUGUUUGGAAAAUGAAUAAAAAGAUGUGACAGAGAGAGGGCAAAAUAUGAAGGUAUGAGAGAGAAGGAGAGGGGAGUGUGGUGUCAGAGCUGAAAGCUAUGAAGUUGUCUCCAGAGCUGCACCUGAGCUUCCAAUGGCUAAUCAAAUCAUUAUACAAACACUAGUUCUACAGGAACAUUCUACCUCUCAUCUCUCUCUUCUCUCCCUCCACAGGAACAUUAUACCUCUCAUCUCUCUCUUCUCCUUAUCUUAUGUUCCUUUUAAGGGGGGCUGAACUUCCUGAUUUAGCCUCGGUUUCAAUUCUCCUCAUUAGGAAAUGCGACUGAGAGCAAGAUUUGAGUCUUGGGGCCGUGCUUUGAUGUGGGUGUCUCUUGUGUGUGUGUGUUCUAACUUGGGAAGCGUUUGUACUUUCACUAUGCCAAAACGGAACACAAUUAGUCACUCCCUCUUCUAGAAACAGUCUAACCAGGUCUUGUUUCUGGAAGUAGCCUAGGCUAGCUAGGAAGCUAGUCAACUUCUUUCGCCAAUUAGUUUCAGCCACCCGGUGUGCGACCGUGGCAAAGUUGGUUUGACUUUGGAUAGCCUAUCAAUGGGGCUAGUUAGGUAUCGUCAAUAAAUUGCACAGUGUACAUGGAGCAAUAUUUUCAUGUUGCACAUCUUUUAGUUGUCUCAUUUAAUGCUUUCAAUAAUUGGACAUUAAUUUUUACAAUUUAUAGUUGGUUAGAGGUUUUUAAGUCAUUGAAAUUUGGAGCUAUUUAAAAAUAUUGUCCCAUGUACAUUGUGUCAUUUACUGAUGGUCCCUAACUAUCCCCAUAGGGAUAUCAGAUGUCAAACCAAAUUGACCAUAGGCAUUACAAUCUCUCUUUCAUUCUCUCUCCCCUUUUCUCUCCUCUCUUUCCAUCCUUGCUAUCUCCAUGUGUCCCUUUCUCCACUUCUAUCUCCAUCCUCCCACCAUUCACCCUCUCCCCUCCCUUCCUCUCUCUCCAUAGAAUGACUACAGGAAGUUGUCCAUGCAGUGUAAGGACUUUGUCGUGGGGGUGUUGGACCAGUGCAGAGACACAGAGGAGGUGGAAGCCAUCUUGAACGGAGACGUGGACAAUGCCCCGCCCAGCGACAACAACCGGCCCUGCCUCGAACGCGUCAAACUGGCCAUCAAAUACGACGUCAAGAAGGUGAGACAGCCCAACCAGGACCGCAACAUGACCGCAUUGCUUGACACUGCUGUAAAUGACCAACGUUAGUUUUGGUUUAGUUUACAUGGCAGUAUUUAUCUGAUAGCAUUGAUUGUACAUGUAGCAUUUGACCGCAUUUGUGUGUUUGACCUUAUUGUUAACUGGUAUAAUCUGAGUCGAAAAUGUUUAUUUAGGUUCAAUCUAGAUAAUUCAGGGAAAGCAUUCGAUCAGUGAUGUAGUGUUGCAGCAGUGAUGCAGUACACACAUUUAUGUGUGUGUGUGCGUGUCUGUGUGCAUGCAUGUGUGUGUUUGUGUGCAUGCGUGUGAGAGUGUGUGCGUGUGUGUGUGUGUGUGUGUGUGUGUGUGUGUGUGCAUGCAUGCAUGUGUGCAAGUGUGUGUCCCGAGGCCUGGUAGCGUUUGUAAAUAUCAGACCUAUCGAGUCUCUGUCUCAGAGUGCUAAUCCCUCUCAUACCAGAGGUGUUUCAGCUAAAUGUCAAACCACGUCACCUCUCCCUACAUCACCUGGGACUCACAGAGACUGACACACACACAAACACACACACACAGUCAUACACACACAUUUCAACAAUAAAGGUAUACAAGUUUAUCUGACCUUAUAGUCGAGCAUCCUAUAUGGAAACAUUGUGAGACAUUAGUACCACCAUAUCAUCUAAGCCAUAAUAAUGUAGACUCCAGCCUGUCUGUAAGCAUCCAGGGACACAGUAAAGUGUAGUGCAUGGACUGUUUUCCCAAAGCAGGGGUGCGUGACCACAGCAGUGUGUUAAUCAACCUGCCAGACUAGGGGGAGGAUGGGUUGCCAUGACAACCAGGUGGCCCCAGAUACUAGUGCGUAAACUGAGGGGGACACACAUACACACACACACACACACGCACACGUACACACACACACACACUUCGAGGGUGUCUCAGGGAGAGUUCAGAUAUACAAAAAAAUACAUUUCCAAUUCACAAAUAUUAUUUAAUUAUACACACUUGUGCAUGUGUUAAAUAGGACAAAUAUUAGCACCCUCUAAAUGAUGAAUUAUUAUUAGUCAUUACAGAUGGAGAAUAGCUGACAGGAAGAACAGGUCCAUUUAAAGAGCAGACUUUUCCUGUUUAGCUCUUCAAGAAAAUUAUUUUAAAAGCAAGCAAAUGUUUGUGAUUUGUAUCCAACUUGAAUGCACUGCAGGGAACUGACAGAGUGAAUCUUUAUUCUUGGCUUGUUUUAUUGCUGUAGCUAUCUGACUGUAGUUUUAAUUAUUUUAUACAGUUCAUGGCUCACACUUACUGUCAGGAGGAGCAAGAACUGGCCCACACUUCCUGUCAGCAGGAGUAAGAACUGACCCACACUUCCUGUCAGCAGGCGCAAGAAAUGUGUGCUUUGUUGAUAUACAGUAACCGUCUUUAUGUAAGUGUGGGCCAGUGUGUUUUCAUCUCUCUCUCUCUCUCUCUCUCUCUCUCUCUCUCUCUCUCUCUCUCUCUCUCUCUCUCUCUCUCUCUCUCUCUUCUCUCUCUCUCUCUCUUUACCUAUUCUUCUCUCUCUCUAUCUCCUCACUUCUGUAGUUUGUGGCCCAUACCUAAAUGCCCCUAACUGCAGCAGCAGCUGCUGACUAUCUGGUAUGAGAACCUGUCAGGUCUGAAGCAACAGUCCAUCGGGGUCAAGUGUUGGACCGUUCUGGGGGUCAGCUUGGGACUGCCCUUCCUGGCUCUCGCCUACUGGAUCAUGCCCUGCAGCAAGGUAAUGGACGCAGGCAGACGCCCCUACAGUAUACACACACACAUGCUUGCGCAAACAGGGGGGGGGGGGGGGGGGGGGGGGGGGGGGGGGUGUCAAAGUAUGUGUGUGUGCUUGCGUGUGUGUGUGUGUUUGAGACCUGGAGUGUGGGAGCAGCAAUAUCCUUGUGGGGGUUCUAGGGGCUGUUGUCAGUAAGAGGAUUACUAACCAAUCAGAAGACAGACAGUUAGAGAGUCUAAUCCUCCUAUAGCAGGAGGAAGAUACUGUAAGUAUCACACUAACCUUUACCUCCACUGGCAGGUCCCUCCCAGCAUCCUCUCUGACACUGGCACAGCCUCUGACAGAAAGAGAAAGGAAAGGAAAUAGAAAGAAAAGAGAGCAAGCCAAGAGGAUGAGAGAAGGGGAAUUAACUGUGGAGAGAGAGGAAUGGUGACAGGAGCGUGAAGAAGGAUGGAUAAGAGGGAACGAGAGAGAGAAGGAGAGGAAAUGGACAGAGACUCAGGGAAAAGGAGGGAGAGAUGUACAGGGAGACUGAGGGUGUCCGACAGAAAGACAGACAGAGAGACGGAUGGAGGGAGUGGAUUGAGGGGGUGAUCAGAGAUGGUCUCUGCUGAUGAUGUCUGUAAUCAUUAUGUUUAAUAGGAGCAUAUCAGGGACCAGUCACCCCUACCAGUGGCCAGUCACCCCUAUCAGGGGCCAGUCACCCCUUAACACUGAGAAAUACAGCUGGAUCUCUCCCCACCUCAAUCUGCUGAGAAUAACAGUGGAUGAGUCCCAAAUGGCACCCUAUUCCCUAUAUAGUGCAUUAUGUUUGACAAGAGACAUGUGGCACCUGGUCAAAAGUAGUCCAUUUCAUUAUGAGAAUAUGGUGCAAUUUGGGAUGUUCCUGUCCGGAGAAAACAGAUGGGAAAGACACACACAUGAUUGAUUAGGUUUAGAUGGCAGUGUGUGUGGCGGCAGGUAACCUAGCAGUUAGAGCAUUGGGCCAGUUACCAAAAGGUCGCUGGUUCGAAUCCCCAACCCAACAAGGUGCUCUUGAGCAAGGCAGUUAACCCUAAUUGCUUCUGUAAGUCGCUCUGGAUAAGAGCGUCUGCUAAAUGAUUGAAGAAAAAUGUGGUGAACAACACCCUUGACGUAUGUGGGACACACACACAGCACGAUGGCUGUCUGUUAAAUGAACAAGCUGGCCAAUACAUUUGUGGUUGUACUUAUGUGCAUGGUAACAUUCACAAAUAUAUGUGCCUGUGUUUUGAGUGCAUAUUUAUGAAUGUACAGUGCAUUCGGAAAGUAUUCAGACCCCUUCCCUUUUUCCACAUUUUGUUACGUUUUAUUCUAAAAUUGAUUAAAUUUUAAAAAAUCCCUCCUCAAUCUACACACAAUACCCCAUAAUGAAAAAGCGAAAACAGGUUUUUAGACAUUUUUGUUAAUUUAUAAAAAAUUAAAAACAGAAAAACCUUAUCUACAAACAGUUGAAGUCGGAAGUUUACAUACACUUAGGUUGGAGUCAGUAAAACUUGUUUUUCAAUCACUCCACACAUUUCUGGUUAACAAACUAUAGCUUUGGCAAGUCGGUUAGGACAUCUACUUUGUGCAUGACACAAGUCAUUUUUAUAACAAUUGUUUACAGACAGAUUAUUUCACUUAUAAUUCACUGUAUCACAAUUCCAGUGGGUCAGAAGUUUACAUACACUAAGUUGACUGUGCCUUUAAACAGCUUGGAAAAUUCCAGAAAAUUAUGUCAUGGCUGUAGAAGCUUCUGAUAGGCUAAUUGACAUAAUUUGAGUCAAUUGGAGGUGUACCUGUAGAUGUAUUUCAAGGCCUACCUUCAAACUCAGUGCUUCUUUGUUUGACAUCAUGGGAAAAUCAAAAGAAAUCAGCCAAGACCUCAGAAAAAAUAUUGUAGACCUCUACAAGUCUGGUUCAUCCUUGGGAGAAAUUUCCAAACGCCUGAAGGUACCACGUUCAGCUGUACAAACAAUAGUACGCAAGUAUAAACCCCAUGGGACCACGCAGCCGUCAUACCGCUCAGGAAGGAGACGCAUUCUGUCUCCUAGAGAUGAACGUGCUUUGGUGCGAAAAGUGCAAAUCAAUCCCAGAACAACAGCAAAGGACCUUGUGAAGAUGCUGGAGGAAACAGGUACAAAAGUAUCUAUAUCCACAGUAAAACGAGUCCUAUAUCGACAUAACCUGAAAGGCCGCUCAGCAAGAAAGAAGCCACUGCUCCAAAACCGCCAUAAAAAAGCCAGACUACGGUUUGCAACUACACAUAGGGACAAAGAUUGUACUUUUUGGAGAAAUGUCCUCUGGUCUGAUGAAACAAAAAUAGAACUGUUUGACCAUAAUGACCAUCGUUAUGUUUGGAGGAAAAAGGGGGUUGCUUGCAAGCCGAAGAACACCAUCCCAACCGUGAAGCAGCAUCAUGCUGUGGGGGUGCUUUGCUGCAGGAGGGACUGGUGCACUUCACAAAAUAGAUGGAGUGGCCAUCACAAAACCCCGACCUCAAUCCUAUAGAAAUGUGUGGGCAGAACUGAAAAAGCGUGUGCGAGCAAGGAGGCCUACAAACCUGAUUCAGUUACACCAGCUCUGUCAGGAGGAAUGGGCCAAAAUUCACCCAAAUUAUUGUGGGAAGCCUACCCGAAACGUUUGACACAAGUUAAACAAUUUAAAGGCAAUGUUACCAAAUACUAAUUGAGUGUAUGUAAACUUCUGACCCACUGGGAAUGUGAUGAAGGAAAUAAAAGCUUAAAUAAAUCAUUCUCUCUACUAUUAUUCUGACAUUUCACAUUCUUAAAAUAAAGUGGUUAUCCUAACUGACCUAAAACAGGGCAUUUUUGCUAGGAUUAAAUGUCAGGAAUUGUGAAAAACUGAGUUUAAAUGUAUUUGGCUAAGGUGUAUGUAAACUUCUGACUUCAACUGUAAGUAUUCAUACCCUUUGCUAUGAGACUCGAAAUUGAGCUCAGGUUCAUCCUGUUUCCAUUGACCAUCCUUGAAAUGUUUCUACAACUUGAUUGGAGUCUAACUGUGGUAAAUUCAAUUGAUUGGACAUAAUUUGGAAAGGCACACACCUGUCAUGUAUAAAAGGUCCCACAGUUGACAGUGCAUGUCAGAGCAAAAACCAAGACAUAAGGACAAAUUAAUUGUUCGUAGAGAUCUGAGACAGGAUUGUGUCGAGGCACAGAUCUGGGGAAGGGUAUCAAACAUUUUUUGCAGCAUUGAAGGUCCCCAAGAACACAGUGGCCUCCAUCAUUCUUAAAUGGAAGAAGUUUGGAACCACCAACACUCUUCCUAGAGCUGGCCGCCCGGCCAAACUGAGCAAUCAGUUCCCAUGUAGAGAUGGGAGAACUUUCCAGAAGGACACCCAUCUCUGCAGCACUCCACCAAUCAGGCCUUUAUGGUAGAGUGGCCAGACGGAAGCCACUCCUCAGUAAAAGGCACAUGAAAGCCCGCUUGGAGUUUGCCAAAAGGCACCUAAAGACUCUCAGACCAUGAGAAACAAGAUUCUCUGGUCUGAUGAAACCAAGAUUGAACUCUUUGGCCUGAAUGCCAAGCGUCAUGUCUGGAGGAAACCUGGCACCAUCCCUAUGGUGAACCAUGGUGGUGGCUGCAUCAUGCUGUUGUGAUGUUUUUCAGUGGCAGGGACUGGGAGACUAGUCAGGAUCGAGGGAAAGAUGAACGGAGCAAAUUACAUUGAGAUCCUUGAUGCUCCAGAGCGCUCAGGACCUCAGACUUGGGUGAAGGUUCACCUUCCAACAGGACAGCGACCCUAAGCACACAGCCAAGACAACACAGGAGUGGCUUCAUGACAAGUGUCUGAAUAUCCUUGAGUGGCCCAGCCAGAGCCUGGACUUGAACCCGAUCGAACAUCUCUGGAGAGACCUGAAAAUAGCUGUGCUGCGACGCUCCCCAUCCAGCCUGACAGAGCUUGAGAGGAUCUGCAGAGAAGAAUGGGAGAAACUCCCCAAAUACAGGUGUGCCAAGCUUGUUGCGUCAUACCCAAGAAGACUCGAGGCUGUAAUCGCUGCCAAAGGUGCUUCAACAAAAUACUGAGUAAAAGGUCUGAAUACUUAUUUUAAUGCGAUAUUUCAGUUUUUAAUUUUGUAUACAUUUGCAAAAUGUUCUAAAAACCAGUUUUUGCUUUGUCAUUAUGGGGUAUUGUGUGUAGAUUGAUGAGGGGAAGAAACAGUUCAAUCCAUUUUAGAAUAAGCCUGUAACGUAACAAAAUGUGGGAAAAGUCAAGGGAUCUGAAUACUUUCCGAAUGAACUGUAAAUGUUCAGUGUGUCGAUCUGCAUGUGUUUGUAAAGGUGUGUGUCUCAUCCCUAUCUCUCCCAUCCCUCUGAAGCAUAGCUGUGUUUGUGUUGGUGUACCAAUCUGUACUUGUCUGAUUCUCCAGGAUUAGUACAGAAUUAUUAAUUAAUGUUUCUCUUCACACUUUGAUGUCUGGACAUGGGUUACUGGAGGGUCAAUAAAAUAGAAGUUCUGUUGGCUACACUCCAAUGGAGAAAUGUUCUAUUCAAUUGACAGGAGUAUUGAGUCUGACUCAAAGUCUGACUUAGCUAAACCCUAAGUCUGUCUUAACUGAAUAUGGUUUGUUUUUCAGCCUCAGGUUCCAUACCAUAGUCCACACUUGUUCCACUAAGUCAGUUUAUUAUGACACCUCCUGACAGUGAUACUGUUUCUUUGCAAUAUCAUGUACACGUUUAACAUGGUGCUAUUACAUUUAAGCAAUAAGGCACCUCGGUGGUUACAUUUACAUUUACAUUUUAGUCAUUUAGCAGACGCUCUUAUCCAGAGCGACUUACAGUUAGUGAGUGCAUACAUACUUUUUUAUUUUUCAUACCGCCAUGGGAAUCGAACCCACAACCCUGGCGUUGCAAACGCCAUGCUCUACCAACUGUGGUAUAUGGCCAAUAUACCCCGGCUAAGGGCUGUUUCUAGGCACGACGCAACGUGGUAUAUUGGUCAUAUACCACAAACCAAGGAGGUGCCUAAUUGCUGUUAUAAACUGGUUACCAACGUAAUUAGAGCAGUAAAAAUACAUGUUUUGUCAUACCCGUGGUAGAUGGUCUGAUAUACCACGGCUGUCAGCCAAUCAGCAUUCAGGGAACGAACCACCCAGUUUAUAAAACACAUUUGAAUAAUUUAGUAGACACUUUUAUCCAGAGUGACUUACAGAUAGUGCAUUCAUCUUAAGACAGCUAGGCAAGACAUCCACAUCACAGUCAUAGUAAGUAGACCUUUUCCUAAAUAAAGCAGCUAUCAGUUAAGUGUAAAGAAAGGCUAGUACAACUGUUGUAUUUUUUUUACCCUGUUUGUCUUAGUUGGGUCAGAUCCUGAGAAGUCCUUUCAUGAAGUUUGUGGCCCACGCCGUGUCCUUCACCAUCUUCCUGGGCCUGCUGGUCAUCAACGCCUCAGACCGCUUCGAGGGGGUCCAGAACCUGCCCAACGAGACCAUCACUGACCACCCUCGUCAGGUGUUCCGGGUCAAGACCACUCAGUUCUCCUGGACUGAGAUGCUCAUCAUGAAAUGGGUGCUGGGUGAGUAGGGGUGAGGGAGAGAAGGGGAUAGAGGCAAGAGGGGAGGAAAUGAGGGAGGUCAGAGGAAGAAUGAGAGGGGAUGGAUUAAGAGAGAGAAAGAAGGAAAGGAUGGUGGAUGGAGAGAAAUAAAUAGGAAGAGAGGGAAAGAGAGAGAGGGAGACAGGUACCCACACACAAGAUCAAUCAUUACAUAAACAUCAGCUAGUUUCUCUGUCCCUUCUCUCUCUCUCUCUCUCUCUCUCUCUCUCUUUCUCAAUCUCUCUCUCUCUCAGGUAUGAUCUGGUCGGAGGUCAAGGAGAUCUGGGUGGACGGUCCUAGAGAGUACGUGAAUCACCUGUGGAACGUGUUAGACUUCGGCAUGUUGUCUAUCUUCGUAGCAUCGUUCACCGCUCGGCUCAUGGCCUUCCUCAAGGCCUCCAAGGCCCAGCUGUACGUAGACCAGUUUGUGACCAACGAAGACAUCCGCAACGCAUCCCUACCUACUGAGGUAGCCUACUACACCUAUGGUGCGUGGAAAUAUACAGUUGGCAUUCUCAUUUUCUACCCUUCUACGAGGGUCUACAUUAGCCACUGUGGACUAGUGCCCACAGUACACUGCUCAAGGUCCCUAAUCACUGCCGUCAUCUUCUGGUGUGAGGUUGUUAUGACAACGGCUGUUUACAGUAAGCUGCUAUGCAGUCUGCAUACACACGCAUAUGCUACCCUCCCCACUAUUUACACAUAAACACUUUGAAACAGCCAACACACAAUGACGCACUCAGUCACACACCCCAAAGCCCUGGUAGUUGUCUGUAUACGUCUGUGUUUAUCUCUCCUGGUGGUUUUGAAAUGAGGAAGUAUUUUUCAAAGAAUAAAAACAAAGUGCUUAUGCGUAAACAAAGCCUUUGUAUUGAACCACUCUGGUGCUAUAAGUUGUCCAAUAUUCCCUUAAGAGUUUAUUCUCCCCCAUCUUCAAACAACUCCUAAUGAGAGGACGCAGCUCAUUGGUGCUUCAUUUAUCCUUUCAUUUGUCCUUUCAUUUGUCCAUUCAUUUGUCCAUUCAUUAUUCCUUUCAUUUGUCCUUUUCAGAAUCUCUUCUACUCUUUGUUUCUAUCUUCUCUCAUCUCUCACACUCUCUCUCACUUUCUCUCUCUUCUCUGGCUACUUCUUCACCAUCCUCUCUCUCUCUCUCUCACUUUCUCUCUCUUCUCUGGCUACUUCUUCACCAUCCUCUCUCUCUCACACUUUCUCUCUCUUCUCUGGCUACUUCUUCACCAUCCUCUCUCACUUUCUCUCUCUUCUCUGGCUACUUCUUCACCAUCCUCUCUCUCAUGUUUUCUCCCUCCUGUUCGUCUCUCUGUUUCUCAUUCAUGUUUUGCUUUCUCUUUUCUUCUCUCACUCUCUAUAUCUCUCUCUCCCUGUCCCUCUAAUCCAUGCAUCUCCAUCCAUUUUUCUCUCUCCCUUAUCCCUUCUCCUUUCACCUACCUUUAAAUUACAUUCACUUUCAACUAUCUCUCUCCCAACAAGAUCUCAUAGCUUCCCUUAGAAAUGUGAUGUAUUAUGAAUGAACGUUUAUUUUUGCCGCAUUAAUUCCACGUGUUUACAGGGUUAAUUCCACAUGGUUACAGGGUUAAAACAGAAACAACUCAAAGUUGAACAGUUUAAGCAUUAAUUCCGAGGGGUUAAGGUUAGGGCUAUUGUUUAGGGAUGGCUUAGUACAAAGUAAUUAAAAAUGACACACUAUUACUAUCAGGUAUCAUCAGUAUUCUUAGUAUUCUCGUGGCUUGCCAGAUCAUUGUGAACUGCCGUAGCGCUGUGGUCUGAGCAGCACUCUUCGGCGCCGAGGAUCAUGAGUUUGCACGUCCGAAAUUGAAGUCUGUUUCUACUGAUCAGGCUCCUCUCUCCCUCCCCCUCCCCUCCCUCUCUCAGCCAGGAAUAAGUGGCGUCCGUCGGACCCCCAGAUAAUCUCAGAGGGUCUGUAUGCCAUCGCUGUGGUGUUAAGUUUCUCCCGCAUCGCCUACAUCCUGCCGGCCAACGAGAGCUUUGGCCCGCUCCAGAUCUCCCUGGGCCGGACGGUGAAGGACAUCUUUAAGUUCAUGGUCAUCUUCAUCAUGGUGUUCGUGGCCUUCAUGAUCGGCAUGUUCAACCUCUACUCCUACUACCUGGGAGCCAAGUACAACCCUGCCUUCACCACGUGAGUGGGACCACACACACAGGAACACACACACACACACACACAUGCAUGUUCAACCUCUACUCCUACUACCUAGGAGCCAAGUACAACCCUAGCUUCUCCACUUCACACUGACAUACUGUUCACAUACACUCUCCACCGUAUUAGCGUGUAGAGAGAAACUCAGCCUUACUUUCUUUUGGCCAAACAUUUAGGAAAGACACUAGACGAAUCCCUAAAGGUCACCUUUCUUUCAAAGCUCUCUUCUGAAAGAACAGGUGAAAGCAGUGUCUGGCUACAUCUCUGUCCAGUUUAUUAGUAGAAAUCCACCAUAAUGUUUUCUGGAAUCUUGCUAGUCCUUUCACAUCAGUGAUGACAGGCUAAAUUCAAUGUCUGUCUGUUGUUUUUAGCAACGUCGCAAAGGGAUGUCAAUAAUCUUUAUCCUGAGGCAGGCUCAUUUAGGAACCAUUUGUCAUCAUUUAUCUUAGAGAGAGAAGGCACACUCAUUCAGACACUGUCAGUUAUCUUCCCUUCUCUCCUCUCCUAUCUCCUCUCCUGUGUCAUAUGACUCAGACUGAAACUUUCCACUCAAUCAUCUUUUAGUCACUUUGCUAAUGGGUUUUGAGACCAGUCUGCCUGUCAGUCAGUCUGUCGGUCAGUCAGUCUGUCCAUCUGUCAGUCAGUCUGUUUUAAGUUGUGAGUUAGAGAACUCCUCUGUUCUGUCCGUCUGUGUGUAGUGAAGUAGAACCGUAGAGAACCGUGGCAUCUGGGAUGGGUUCUGCGUGGCUGAUCACAUAGAACCACCAGUCUGCUGAGGCGGUACUGGUAUAAAAGCUCUUAGGCUGACUCAUCACUUCUACUCCCCCACAGCGGAUACUCAGUGUCAGGGCUCUAUUUUGGACUCUAAGGCCCGAUUAGUUACAACAGUGUUGUAACUGUUUAUGUUUUUCUACCCAUACACAAGUUAGAUCAGUCUGGAAUAAGAAAGCUUGACGUUGCCUUGAAACAUAGUUGGGAUUUGUCUCUGAUAUUUUUCCACAAAUAUUUUUCCUGCUUGAAUUGCUAGUGUUGUGAGCUGUUAUGAGUGAAUUAUUCUAUUGAAAAGUUGUCACUCAUGCCACAAGGGGUCAGUAUGACUGCAAUUCUGACUCAGCUUGCAUCAGAAAAAGCCAGUAACAGUUGAGUGUGUCUGUAUUUGAAGGUGUUGACAUACAUUCCAUCAAUCAUUUCUAUGCUGCUGUAUGACUAAGGUUUGUGUGUGUGUUUGUGUGUGUGUGUGUGUGUGUGUGUGUGUGUGUGUGUGUGUGUGUGUGUGUGUGUGUGUGUGUGUGUGCAUACGUGUGUGUGUCUGUUAUCGCUCUGUGUGAUUGAGUAUAGUUGACAAGGCAGGUUUUGAUGGAGGAUGGUAGCGAGGGCUGGUUUGAUGGCUCUGGUGGUGAUGGAGGCAGGUGGCAGUGAUAAUGAUACCCCAGGAGGAGGCAUGCUUAGUGGGUGCCAGGGAGAGGGUGAAGGGGGGUCUCUGGAGGCUGGCUAAAUGGUUUAGACUGUUGAGCUGGAGAAAGUUUAAUGAAAAAUGUAGGCCCUUAUGGCUAUUACUCUGGCCUUCAGAAACAAACUCACUCACUGACUCACUCAGUCUCUCUCUCUCUCUCUCAAACACACACACACACUGCAGGUUAUGAGGAUUUUCAGCUAGGCACCUCUGGAGAAGCAGUAGGCCUGUCUCUAUGUUCUAGUCAGCCAUGCGUGACAAAUGCUGCACAGACUGAUGAAGGCUAGAGGAGGAAGAGGAAAGGAGGAAUGAGUAUGGAGUGGAGAGAGGGGAUAGAGAGACUAUAGAGAGAGAAGAAGAGAGGGAGAAGGAGAGACUAGAGGGAGAUGGAGAGACUAGAUGGAAAGGAAGACUAGUAGGGAAAGGAGACUGAAGGGAAGGAGAGACUAGAGGGAGAAGGAGAGACUAGAAGGAGAAGGAGAGACUAGAGGGACUAGAGAGAGAACUAGAGGAGAAGGAGAGACUAGAGGGAGAAGGAGAGUCUAGAGGGAGAAGGAGAGACUAGAUGAUAGAGAUAUAAGGAGAAGGGAGACAGAGAAAGGAGAGACAGAGGGAAAGGAGACUAGAGGGAAGAGAAGGAUAGAGUAGAGAUGAUAGAGGAGAAGGAGAGACUAAGGAGAAGGAGACUAAGGGAUAAGAGAACUAAGAGAAGUAGAGUAAGAGAGACUAAGGUAAAGGAGAGACUAGAAGGAGAAGGAGAGACUAGAGGGAGAAGGAGAGACUAGAAGGAGAGAGAGACUAAGGGAUAGAGACUAAGGAAGAGAUUAGAGGGAAGAGUACUAGAGGGAAAGGAGAGACUAGGGGAGAAGGUAGAGACUAGAGGAGAUAGGUAACUAGAGGGAGAAGGAGAUACUAAGGGAGAAGGAGGAGUUAGAGGGGAAAGAUAGAGGAUAAGGAUGAAGAUGAAAGAAUAUGGAGAAGGGGAAACUAAGGAUAAAAGGAUAUACUAGAGGAAAGGAGAGUCUAGAGGGAGAAGGAGAGACUAGAGGGAGAAGGAUAGAGGGAGAAGGAGAGACUAGAAGGAGAGACUAGAGGGAGAAAGAGAGCAGCAGAGGAGUAUUCUUGGCUGGCCUGUUUGUGUGGGCUCAGUGAGGGAAACAGGCCAGAGCCACAGACAUGGGAGGAGAGGAGAGGAGAGGAGAGAGAGGAAAUGAAAGAGGGAGAGGAAGAAAGAGAGAGACAUACAGAUGCUUGUAUCCUAAUUUGACCGAGUUUAUCAAAGCAGGAAAAUAAUCCUGCAGCAAUAGGAAAUGUGAAUUAUUAUGUGGAUUAUAAUUCAUGGACAUCUGUAGGGGCUGAUAAUUUUUUUGUUAGGACAAAUCAAUUUUAAAGUGAAAAUGACACAUUUUAGAAGCUUUUUAAAACCUCGAAAACACUACAAGUUUGCAUUUCCUACUGUGCAGGAAAAUUCCUGCAACAACAGGAUGAUCAAAUCAAGAUAUGCAUCUGUGCACAGACAUGGAGGAAAAUAUGAAUGAGCGAGAGCGCAAAACCAAAAAACUGUGAGAUAUUAUCAUGUUUUGUGAUGGAGAGAGGCAGAGUGAAGAGUGGAGAGAUAAAGAGAUGAGAAUGAUAUAGAGAGAGGUGAAUAAGAUGGAGACGUAAAUAGGGCUGGUGGUACGGAAUCCAGUUUCGUGUGGGCUAGAAAGGGACAUACGUCAAGCUAAGGCCAUAUACAAAAAUAACAUGAGUGAGAGAAGGAAAAAAGGAGAGAGCGACUGAGAGGUUGAGAGAUGGCAGGGAGAGUUUGAGAGUGAUACAGAGGUUGAGAGAUGGCAGGGAGAGUUUGAGAGUGAUAUAUAGGUUGAGAGAUGGCAGGGAGAGUUUGAGAGUGAUAUAGAGGUUGAGAGAUGGCAGGGAGAGUUUGAGAGUGAUAUAUAGGUUGAGAGAUGGCAGGGAGAGUUUGAGAGUUGAUACAAGAGGUUGAGAAUGGCAGGGAGAGUUUGAGAGUGAUAUAUAGGUUGAGAGAUGGCAGGGAGAGUUUGAGAGUGAUAUAUAGGUUUGAGAGAUGGCAGGGAGAGUUUGAGAGUGAUAUAGAGGUUGAGAGAUGACAGGGAGAGUUUGAGAGUUGAUGAUAUAGUGUUGAGAGAUGGCAGGGAGAGUUUGAGAGUGAUCAAGGGUUUAAAUGGCAGGGAAGUUUGAGAGUGAUAUAGAGGUUGAGAGAUGGCAGGGAGAGUUUGAGAGUGAUAUAUAGGUUGAGAAAGAGAGGGAUCUGAGUGAAGGGGAGUGGUUAUUAACUCCUAUGGAUAUGUGAUUGCGGAUGUGUCAUUAUCAGUCAUGCCAGUCAAGAACAUAAUAAUUUCAAUGAGAGAGAGAGAGAGAGAGAGAAAGAGGAGAGGAGAGAGAGAUAGAAGAACUACUAUGAAGAAAAGAGAGAAAAUUGAGAGAUAGAGAUAAUUUUUCGUUUUACUCCUGAUAUAGCCCAUAGAAGUCUCUUUCCCCACUUAAAAUGUAUCCCUAAAAAAAAUUUAAAAAAGGGAAAAAAAGUUAGAUAACGAGAAACCCAACCUACUUUUGUUCAUGUGUCUCCUGAGGGAGCAGAGGAGCAGGGUUCGGACUGCUCACACACGGUAGAGGUGAGUCACCACACCAGUGUUCUUUUUUGUGUGUGUGUGCACGCCUGUGUGUGUUCUUUUGUGCAUGCUUGCGUGCAUAUGUGUUUGUGACAGCUCAUAUCCUGACAGCCUGUCCUAGGGUGGUUGGAGAACAGUGGGGAGAGAAGACACUACUAGCCUGUUACUGGUGUCUUGUAUUCCUCCCACCCUCCUUCCUGUCAGUGAGGUGUUCUCCUGAGGGUCUCCUGAAGGCCUGCUGUGUCUCUGAAGGCACCUGCUGUGACCAGCCGUUAGGGAACUAGACAGAAGUGUUUAAUGACGGAUCCCCACCCGGUGCCCACAUCCACUGAGCUGCUCUCUGUGUGAAUAGGAAGCGUAGUGGGAUGCGGCGACUGACCGAAUUGUUCACAGUGGGUGAUGAGAGGUUAGACAGAGAAAUCAUCAAGAGAGAACACUACUGUAUAUCUCUGCAGACGAGUGGGGAUGUCAGUGUUUCUGUCAUAAACUUCUAUUAGCAAUUCAUUUAUAUCCCUUUCCCUGCCUAAUAAUAUGUAAAUCCAUUUCUAUCCAUUUCCCUGCCUAAUAAUAUGUAAAUCCUUUGCUAUCCAUUUCGCUGCCUAAUAAUAUGUAAAUCCAUUCUAACCAUUUCGCUGCCUAAUAAUAUGUAAAUCCAUUCUAACCAUUUCCCUGCCUAAUAAUAUGUAAAUCCAUUCUAUCCAUUUCCCUGCCUAAUAAUAUGUAAAUCCAUUCUAUCCAUUUCCCUGCCUAAUAAUAUGUAAAUCCAUUUCUAACCAUUUCCCUGCUUAAUAAUAUGUAAAUCCAUUUCUAACCAUUUCCCUGCCUAAUAAUAUUUAAAUCCAUUUCCCUGCCUAAUAAUAUGUCAAUCCAUUUCUAAAUAGAGUCGUGGGUAUUGACAAGGACGUUAGUGAUGGGUUGAGUAUCACGCCUUCAUACGGACGUUUGUCAUGUGACCCCUGGGUCAGAGGAACUUGAAAUCAAUAAACAUUCACAGGGAUCAAUGCAUGGCCUGUCAUAUGGUGAUAUGAAUACUGUUCCACAUGAGAACGCUGUCCUUCUAGAGAGAUAAUAUCCUGUGCGUACUGGGUCCUGCAGUAUAUUGAGAUGAUACUGGAGAUAUUGCUAAGUGAUGAGAGAUGUUUGGCUUGACGCUUAUUGUAUAACUACACAGUUUAUUUGCAUCUCAUGGGACAGAGAGAUAGGAGAGAGCGAGAGCGAGCGCAGCAGAGAGAGAGAGCGAAGAUAGAGAGCAGAGAGAGAGGAGAGAUGAUAUAGAGGAGCGAGAGCGAUAGAUUCCGAGAGAUAGGAAGACGAGAUAGCCGAGAUUAGAGAUAUGACUAGCUCUCAGUCUCUACUUAUCAAUGUCUGUGUUCUUGGAAGUUAAGAAGUGUUUUCCUGUCUUCUCGGGAAAGAUAAGAAGUUCACUCUGAGGAGAUACCAGUAAACUUCACUGCUGAGGACGUGUGGUUGUGUGUGUGUGCUCUCAGCUCUGAAAGAGGAAAGGACACACACAGGCCUUCAGUCAACAUCUCUCCUCCCUUCCUCCAGCUCUGCCACUUAUUGAAUAUGUAUUUACAGAACUGAGGCCAAAUGUCUGUGUUCUUUAGGCUCAGUGGUUGUUUUGCUUGUUCAAAAGCCCCUCAGCCAGAGAGUUAGCUAGAGCACUGUGGCUAAAAGCAGGACUUGACUAGGCUGGGCUGGGCUGGGCUGGACUCAGCCUGAAUUCUGAGCUUAUAAAUUGCAGGAAUAUCCUCUUAGUGAUCUGUUCCAAAAUGUGAAAGGAGAAUUGGCCUUUAUUGAGCUGUCCUGGUGGGAGGAUAAUGUGUUAGAACUGGACAUGACUCAUCAGCUAAUUCAUCAGGGCCAGCUCAUAAACUCUAAUAAAAGAACAUCAUACUCUGGUUUAAAGACUCACCUGGUGUGUGUGUGUGUGUGUGUGUGUGUGUGUGUGUGUGUGUGUGUGUGUGUGUGUGUGUGUGUGUGUGCGCUUCCCCAGGGUGGAGGAGAGCUUUAAGACCCUGUUCUGGUCCAUCUUCGGUCUGUCGGAGGUGAUCUCUGUGGUCCUGAAGUAUGACCAUAAGUUCAUAGAGAACAUUGGUUAUGUGCUGUACGGGGUCUAUAACGUCACCAUGGUGGUGGUUCUACUCAACAUGCUCAUCGCUAUGAUCAAUAGCUCCUACCAGGAGAUAGAGGUCAGUCCUGUUAAUAACCCCUUCAUAUAGAGGUCAGUCCUGUUAAUAACCCCUUCAUAUAGAGGUCAGUCCUAUUAAUAACCCCUUCAUUUAGAGGUCAGUCUUAUUAAUAACCCCUUCAUAUAGAGGUCAGUCCUAUUAAAACCUCAUUCAUAUAGAGGUCAGUCCUAUUAAUAAUUAAUUCCUAUAGUGGUCAGUCCUAUUAAUAACUCAUUCAUAUAGAAGUCAGUCCUAUCAAGAACUCAUUCAUAUAGAGAUCAGUCCUAUUAAUAAUUAAUUCCUAUAGUGGUCAGUCCUAUUAAUAACUCAUUCAUAUAGAGGUCAGUCCUAUUAAUAACUCAUUCAUAUAGAGGUCAGUCCUAUUAAUAACUUAUUCAUCAGGAAUUAUUCAAUCUUGCAUGUAAAUGUGUAAUCCUAAUAGGGUCCUGUUAAUUUAGGACAUGUUUAUCCAAAGCAACGUACAGUAUAUUUAUUGUGAAAUAUUGUUAAUCCGACAUGCCUGUACAAUGCUGCAACCAAUAUGUGUGUGUUAACGUGUGUGCAUGCAUUUGUUUGUUUGUGUCCAUUUCUACACGUGUUUGUUUCCUCCAGACAGAUGCAGAUGUAGAGUGGAAGUUUGCCCGUGCCAAGCUGUGGAUGUCCUACUUUGACGAGGGCCGUACUCUCCCCGCUCCCUUCAACAUGGUGCCUUCUCCCAAGUCCUGGUACUACCUGGUCCUCCGCACCAAGGCCGGCCUCGUUCACCUCUGCAAUGCCAAGGGCCUUCGCCACGACAAUGAGCUGGAGAUGGGCAUGCUCAACUCACGACUGAAGGCCAGAGGGGAGAGGGCAAAGGUAAAAAGUCAAACCCUAAUUGUGUCAAUAGAUAUUGUAGAUGCUAGUAGGUGUUUGAUCUGAUACAAAGCUAUUUUCAUAAUAAGACGAUAAGACAUUUAAAAACAGUGUUUUGUUGUUUACCUUAUUGGAAUACCAGGUGAGAAUUUGAUCCUUGGUAAAGCUGUCUUGCCAAGGCACAGCUGAACCUCCAGGGAGGAAAGUUAGAAGAAGAGAUCAAAGUGACUUUGAAAGAGGGGUCUCAAAGUAGCAUAAGGGGUUUACAGUGUGUGUGUGUUUGUCCAUGUGUUUGUGUGUGUGUGUGUGUGUGUGUGUGUGUGUGUGUCUCAGUCACCAGAUCUCAACCCAAUUGAACACUUAUGGGAGAUUCUGGAGCAGUGCCUGAGACAGCGUUUUCCACCACCAUCAGCAAAGCACCGAAUUAUGGAAUUUCUCAUGGAAAAUUGUGUUGCAUCCUUCCAAUAGAGUUCCAGACACUUGUAGAAUCUAUGCCAAGGCGCAUUAAAGCUGUUCUGGCGGCUCGUGGUGGCUCAACGCCCUAUUAAGACACUUUGUGUUGGUGUUUCCUUUAUUUUGGCAGUUACAUGUUAUUCAAAUGCUUCAGGAUGUAUUUAGAACUGCCUUCAUGGGUAGAGAGAGACCCGAUGGCUUCACUAUGGAACAGAACUGAGCAGGAGGUGAGCAAUCGAUAUAUAGACUCACACUACACCUCUGGAAAAUGUGCAAAAUGUCAUGUGAGUUUGUGUGUGUGUGUGUCUUUGUAUGUGCGUGCAUUCAGGCAUGUGUGUGUCUGUGUGUGUGCGUGCGUGCGUGCAUGGGUUAGUGUGUGUGUGUCUGUCUGGGGUUUCAGGAGCCAUUGCAGUUUGGUGCCACGUCUUGUCUUGCCAUGCCACUGACAAUGCCAAACUUGGCAGCCUUUAGGAGCCCCAGAGCUGUGUGUGUGUGUCUGAGCGUAUCUCCUGCCAAAAUGAAAAUAAGGACUUGAAGGGCACUAAGUAAAGCUAAAAGAGGACAAUAAAACCAGGUCACUGUUAGUUAGCACAGCAGAGUUAGCACAGCAGAGUUAGCACAGCAGAGUUAGCACAGCAGUGUUAGCACAGUAGAGUUAGCACAGCAGAGUACAUCACAAUACACAUUAUUCCAAGAUCACAGGAAUCAUGUUUGCACCACAGGAUUAAAUAUAACAUAUAACUCAUGUUGUGUUUUUACAGGGCGAACGCUACAGGGCCCACGGUCGACCACGAGAGGAGUCCACUCUCAGAAAACCCAUCAAACACCCUACCAGAUACCAGGUAAAGAAAGAAAGAAAGAAAGAAAGAAAGAAAGAAAGAAAGAAAGAAAGAAAGAAAGAAAGAAAGAAAGAAAGACAGACAGACAGACAGACAGACAGACAGACAGACAGACAGACAGACAGACAGACAGACAGACAGACAGACAGACAGACAGACAGACAAAGAAAGAAAGUGGGUAAGGGGUGUAGGAGGGGAGGGUAAUAGGUGAGAAAACGUCAGAGGGGAAUACGGGGCACAGAAGGAAAGAGAACGAGAGAGCUAUGGAGAAAUAGACAGUCAGUGAGACGGAUGGAUGUUGAGACCGACUGCAUAUCGGUUUAACGUGGUACCGAGAAAUGGAGUGAAUGGAAGCAGGUAAUGGCCCAGUAAAGGAGUGGGGAGUGAGUGACUGAAUGGGGACAAUAGAUGGAAUGGAAUGAGGGAAGGUCUUUCUGUCCUCCACCUUUGCACUAUGGGAAAUCUUCUUUCUUCCUCGUGAGAGGUCAUUCUAUUGUGUCUCUCACACAUGAUAUUGCUUCUCUAUAAAAGCCUUUCUCCUGACACACACACACAAACACAUCAAUACACACACACACACACACUGCAUUUGGUAUGUCAGGCCAGCUUCUCACAGUGAGUGUGUAUGUAAUGCUCGCAGGGCUACAGGUAUUGACGGGUUCCCAGAGAGUAGGUCUUAAGGCGUCUGCAUGCAGUGGUGUAAAAGUAUUUAAGUAAAAAUACUUUAAACUACUACUUAAAUAGUUUUUGGGGGUAUCUGUACUUUACUUUACUAUUUAUAUUUGGGACAACUUUUACUUUUACUUCAUUACAUUCCUAUAGAAAAGGAUAUAAUUUUUACUCCAUACAUUUUCCCUGACACCCAAAAGUACUUGUUACAUUUUGAAUGCUUAGCAGGACAGGAAAAUUGUCAAAUGUACACACUUACCAAGAGAACAUCACUGGUCAUCCAUACUGGCUCUGAUCUGGCGGACUCACUAAACACAAAUGGUUUCUAAAUGAUUUGGAGUGUGCCCUUCGCUAUCCGUAAAUAAGAAAAAAUAGAAAAUUGUUUCUGUCUGGUUUGCUUAAUAUACUUUUACUUUUACUUUUGAUACUUCAGUAUAUUUGAAACCAAAUACUUUUACUUUUACUCAAGUCAUUUUUACUGGGUGACUUUCACUUUUACUUGAGUUAUUUUCUAUUAAGGUAUCUUUACUUUUACUCAAGUAUGACAAUUGGGUACUUUUUCCACCACUGCUUCAAGGUUAUUAUAGUUUUGUGUUUUUAUAUUAGUUUUAUUUAGUAUAGCUGUAUACAAAUAUUUAUAUUUCGUUUUUAUAUUAUUUAAUUUCAGUUUUAGUUUUAGUGUUUGGGACAGAAAGUGUGAGAGGCUAGGUGCCAUUUGUGUGGUAUAGUUUUGUGUGUUUUUUUUAAUUUUUCUUCUUCCAACUGGGGGCAGUAAUACAUAAGGUGAUGAGUCAGGUCAUAGGUUAGGUUAGGCCUUCUCAUGACACCAAUGCUACGUCGGAGUCAUUCCACAUCCAUUUUGAUUGGCUGGUAAUUUGGUCAAGAAAACAAUUGAUCUGUCUAGAAACAAUUUAUCCGUUAUUGCGAUAUGGUUUUGGAAACCUUGAACACUCAACUUAAUUAUCAUCCCAAAAUAACUUUACAAAAGAUACACUAACUGUUUUACCACAGAUUUCCACAGAGGUUUUUGUGUAACACAGCUUUGAGCUGAUCGUUUUUUUUUGUUCCCUCCCGAGUUUCUAUUAGCUCAGGAAGUGCCAUGCUAAACCUCCGUUGGAAUCUUUGAGAUAAACACGCAUACUAAGUGUAUCUUUUGUAUUUGUAAAGUUAUUUUUGGGUGAUAAUUAAGUUGAGUGUUCAAGGUUCAUAUGAAAGUAGAAUUCCGGGGGUUUCCAAAAGUGUAUUGCCUGUGGUAAUUAUUAACUUGUAGAUAAAGUGUCGGUAUAGUUGCCCUGCUGUGGUCAAUUGUUCCAAAUAAGAACCCUAUGGCUGUAUGGGUUCUCAGGCUAAGGUUAGGUUAUGUUUAAAUUAUCAAAUCAAUCUCGAUGUGACUUGGAUUUAAAAGGAAUAGCGCCAAGACUGGUGCAAAAAAUAUGGUGGAAGGAAACUCUCUCUCGCCAAUGUUUACACCAAUCCAAUGCUUUUUAUCUUUAGCAGGUUUUUUUCCCUGUUAGCUAAUGAUAGCUAAUGAUAGCUAAUGAUAGCUAAUGAUAGCUAAUGAUAGCUAAUGAUAGCUAAUGAUAGCUAAUGAUAGCUAAUGAUAGCUAAUGAUAGUGAUGAACAAGCGAGGCAUUUUUGAAACAUCACCAUCUCCUGGCCACAUUACCCACCACAUUCAGGAGCUUGAAAACCCCAUUAGAGUUUUGCCCAAAGAAAAAAAAUAUAUAAAAAUAACAUAAUUCGUAAUGGGUUUUUAUUUUAUUUUAGUUCAUUUUGGGGUCAAAGAUAAUAGUUUAAGUAUAGUUUUAGUUUUUCAAACGGGUUUGUUAAUUAUUUUAUUUCCAUUUGCUGAGCAGUUUUUUCAUGAUUAGUUUUAGUUUCAGUUUUAGUUUACUAUAAUAACCGUGGUGUGCUUAAACAUUACUUUCAGCUUUCAUAACUCCAACUCUCUCCUCUCCGCCUCUACUCUCCCUUUCAUAUUUUCUCACCUCUCUGCACUCUCCUCCCAUCCUCCUCUCCCCUCAUCCAUCUCUCCUCUUUGUCAUACUGCAGAAGAUCAUGAAGCGUCUCAUUAAGCGUUAUGUUCUGAAGGCUCAGGUUGACAGAGAGAAUGAUGACGUCAAUGAAGGUGAAGAUCUAAUCUCCUUUAAUGUCAACUUUAUGUACCUCACCAGAUUCUGCCUGACUGGGUUGGUGUUGUCAGUGUGA